AUGCCGUUCGAUUCGACUGUCCAGCUGCGGGUCACGUUGGGGGCCCUUGCAACCGUCAUCGAUCUGCGCAGCAGUAUGUCACCGCCUCUCCUGAGAAUCUUAAAAUACUGUGAUGGCAAACCUCUCCGUGACCACAAAAUCGCACCUAUCAUGAUUGCAUUUCUCAUGGCGGGACAGCACACCAUCCCCACCUCCGUUUCAUGGACGCUUCUUCACCUUGCUCAGAACAUCGAAGUCCAGGAAACACUUCACCAGGAGAAAGUCGACCAUUUCAACAAUUCACAUGGAUUUUUCCGUUCGACGGACCAUGAGGUCUUCUGCAAGCUUCCAUACGCGCUUGCUUCUGCUGUCGUCAGCCAGGUUGACCCCCGUAUCUUGGUUAACCCUACGAAGUGGGACCCGACACAGUGGAGUGAUCCACAGGGCCUUGCUACUCAGGCGUUCACGACUUGCUCUGAGGAGAAUGGCGUGAAGAUUGAUUGUUGCUUUGGUGCUGUGAGCAAGGGAACUGUCUGUGUCAACCCUUUGGUGCUGCACUAG